UGGUGAAAAAAAACAGCUAAGUUUGUUUACUGGAUAUACUGAAGAAUAAAUUAUUCAUACCAUAUUAAAAUAUAAGAUGAAUACCUUUGAGGAGCUAAGUGAUGUCGAAUUGAGGCAGAAAUUAUUAGUCCUUGGAUAUCCUAAAAUACCUAUCACAGAGACUACGCGUGGUAUACUCAUAAAUAAAUUACGAAAAAACUUCAAAUCCAACUCUAUGCUGUCACACCGUAGGAAUCCUGGUCAGAUGUCUAAACAUGAUUUGCCAAUGACUCGGCGCAUAUAUAAUAUUAAGUCCACAGUUAAGGAAGAAAUGCAGACCGCUAACUGCACUGAACAUAAAUAUAAUCGCACUCUUAAAGAGUACUUGCCUUUUACUGUGAGUGGCCUGCAACAUACUGAUCAUUUAUAUUCACCUACGACGGAUUUUAUUCUAAGUUCGCCAGAAACGAAUGUUUCCAAUACCUCCUGCAAAGAAUCUCAUUUAGGAGUUGUAAGCAGAUUAUUGAGUUUCCGGGAAAAAACGUUUCGAAAACCAAAAGCAUGUGAACAUAAUUUCCAAACACUUCUGUCGUUACCAAAAGAAACUAACAAAUAUCUCAGCAAAUCAAAGAGGACGAUGUGUGAUUUUUUAUCGUAUAUAAGCACUCAAUCCCUGCUAAAUCAAAGCUUUAAACCUUGCGUGCUAGUUGGAACGUUCAUAGUAUUUUUUAUUUGCUUGGGAUUAAUUUACAUAUUUCAAAGUCCAAAGCAUUUGCAAACUUACAAUUUCGUAAGUCAAAUACCGGUAUGCGAUGGUACCUUCACAACAGAUGAUUGUUUGUCUCCAGUCGACGCGGAUAUUGCAAUUAAUUUAAUAGCGGAAAUUGAGAAAACCCUUAAAAUUCGUUCUAAAAAGUAUGAAUGUAACAAUAAAAAAACUUCAAUUAGCGAAGCAGAGCUCAUAAAUUAUAUGGAAACAAUGGGCCAUAAUUACAAUGUGCACACUUGGAGGAAACAUUUGAUACAUGCGAGAUUUCUUAUAAAGCAAAACCCUCAGUGGAAUAUAGCAACAACAGAUGGGGAAAACUACAAAUUUUUAAUAGUAAAUCCUGUAUUUUGCUUUUUGGUCACAAAGCUUCAAAGUUUCUUUGUGAUUAUUGGUAUAGGAGCUAUAAUUGCUCUACUGUCUGGAAUAAGCUAUACAAUAUAUCGUUACAUCAGGGCUUGGCGAGUGAAUCGUUCUAAUAUUAUUGAACAGUUCACUACAGACAUUGUAAACGAACUCAUUUAUAGAGCUUCUCUUAGCGAAACUCCAGAAGAACGUGAAGUGAUUAUAAUUCAUUUGCGUGAUAAACUGAUUCCUUUUAAGAAACGAAGCACUCAUUUAAAAUUUUGGAAAGAAGCAUUACAAAUUUUAGAUGCAACAGAUAGCCGAAUACAAUUUGGUGUAAAAAAUGUGGAUGGAGAAGAUUAUCGAACAAUGAAAUGGAUAGGUAAUGCAAAUGGUAAUACUCGAGCAAAUGGGCUUCUUAAGAAAUGGCAAAGUCCAGCAUUCGAUUGCGCAAAUAAAAUUGAUAACCCACCUACUUCAUGUUUAAAAAUUCGGCAUAUGUUUGACUCCUCAGAAGUCAACAUUCCGAAUUUGAAACAAAUAAUAGAAGCAGCUCUAAUAGAGAAAGUGGGAACUCGUUGUUGUAUUCAAGAUAUCCAGAUUGAUAAACAAAGUUGCUGUGUUUAUGUUCGAUGUGGUAGUGAGAUUGAUGCUGGUAUAAUACAUAAUGAGAUUAAUGGCUGGUGGUUCGACAAACGUUUAAUAUCGAUUAAAUUCUUACGACUACAGCGGUAUCUAGCACGUUUUCCGAACAGUGUGGGCUUAGAUUCCUAAGUAAAACAACAGCCUGUUGACUUUUGUAUUUAAAUACAUUUAUUGUAAUUAUCCUUUUAUUUAAUUUGAAUGAAAAAAACGGCAGUUAAACGAAGCAGCGAAUAUCGUCUGCCUUACUAAAUAAUAUGAUCCGUAAAAUAUUUUAAUUUUCUAAAUAAAAUGUAAUUAAUUAUAAAUAUUUUUCAUAGUUCGUAGAUCCUGCGCGUUUAAAGGGGGAUACACGACAUCAGCUUACUGGCGUCAUCAAGGGAUUGUAAAAUCAAGCUCGAAGCAUAGAACAUACCAGCAUGCUGGUACAAUAUUUAUUUCUUUA